AUGCCCGCUGUCACUUCUGUCCUCUCCCAGAUGUUCCCAGGAAAACCGAAAUGGUCUGUCGAUGAGAUCUCUGACUUGUCGGGUAAAGUCAUGCUCGUCACGGGGGGCAACACUGGUAUUGGGCGCGAGACUGUCAAGGUCUUACUCCAGCAUAACGCCAAAGUAUAUCUCGCUGCGAGAAACCAAGCAAAGGCUACUGCCGCUAUCGAAGAACUCGAGAGGGAGACCAGCAAGACGGCCGUCUUUCUCAAGCUGGACUUGUCCGACCUGACAUCUAUCCGCGCCGCCGCCGACGAGUUUAUGAACAAAGAACCUCUAUUGCACGUCCUGUUCAACAGCGCAGGCGUCAUGGCUUGUCCUCUCGACCAGUACACCGCCCAAGGCUUCGACAUGCAGAUCGGCACAAACGUCAUCGGACACUUCUUCCUCACGCAGUGCCUCUUGCCGGCUUUACGCGCCGUGAAGACGCAGACGGGGCAGAAGGCGCGCGUUGUGACGACGUCGUCAUCGUCGCAGUAUGUGGUCAGCAAGUUCAACUACGAUCUUGCGCGUGAUGGACCGGCGAGGAAGAAGUCGUCGUCGUUGGAUGUGUAUAACGUCAGCAAGCUUGGCAACGUUAUCUUCGCUAACGAGCUCGCGAGGAGGCACGGCGAUAGCAUAGUAUCAUCGUCAGUUAAUCCGGGGAACCUCAAGACCGACCUCCAGAGGCAUCUGAAUGGCGUUCAGGCGAAGAUCAUUAACUCACUCUUGUACCCGGCACCAUGGGGCGCGCUCAGCCAGCUGUACGCCGGCACGAUGCCCGAGGGCGACAAGCUGAACGGGAAGUUCCUCAUUCCCUGGGCACGCGUGGGUGGUACGAAUAAGGCGACGCUGGACGAGAAGGAGGGCAAGAAGUUCUGGAGCUGGCUGGAGGAGCAGACCGCGGCUUAUCGCGGUCCCGAGCAGUCGUGA